CUAAACCUUAAUAAAAUACAUCAUCUAAUUUCAUAAGAAAUGAUAAAAAAAAGAAGAAGAUAGGAAAAGGGAUAGUGAGAAAGAAGGCAACAAAUAACUUGACACCACCAAAAAGCUUUAGAUUGGUUUUGAUAUCAAACUCAACAACAAAAACACCUUUCCUUCCCCCCCCCCCCCCCCAACCCCAAAACCUUAUAGGAAGAAAAAUGGAAGAGAAGGAAAAGAAGAAGAACAAGAAGCAAAAACAUCAACACCCCAAUGAUCAAACAACUAAAUCAUCAGUACCAGCAUCGGAUUUUUCAUUCAAGCCUAGCAAUGAAGUAAAGGGUCUAAGAUUUGGUGGGCAGUUCAUUGUAAAAUCGUUCACAGUCAGGCGAGCAAGGCCACUAGAAUUACCCAAACUACUUGAUUUCCCACCGUUGUUGAACAAAAACAAGCAGCUUCCUUUCCCUACCACCACAGCUUUUUUACCUACAAAUUUCACCAUCUUAGCUCACCAUGCUUGGCAUACACUCACCUUAGGUCUCGGCACCAAGAAAUCCAAAGUGGUUCUAUUUGUUUUCGAAUCGGAAGCCAUGAAGUUGGGUGUAGAUAGAGUUUGGCCAUCAGAGAUCCCACUUGGUGAAGUCAACAAGAAGCUGAUAAGAGGGUUAAAAGGGUGUGAAAUGGCGAGGUUUAAGUUCAGGAAAGGGUGUAUUACGUUCUAUGUUUAUGCAGUUAGAGGGAUUGGAACUAUGGGAUUUUCAUGUGCUGACGAUUUGAGGACUAUUUUGCAAUCAGUUGUGGCACUCAAAGAUUUCUUGGAUCAUACUGCUAUGCUUGCUAUGCCUAAUCAGAGAAGCCUUAAUUACUCCCCUCAACUUGCAAUGGCUCAUUAAUCUUUCAUUUUUCUUCUUUUGAUCUUUUUUUAGUUUUAUUUCUGGGGGGAGAUUGGUUUAUUUAUUGGAUGAUUUUUUGUUCAUCUUAUUAAUUAUAUAUAUAUAUAUAUAUUUCAACAAAUUUGUAGCAUGAAUAAAUUUGCAAGUUCUUUUUCAA